AUGCAAUAUCGAUCAAGUACUGAAUUGGCUAACCAAUUCAAGAUUAAGAGAGAACAACUUGAUAACGAACGCAAUGAUAAAGCUAAGAAAGAGCAUGUACCAAUAGCGCAUAAAAGAAAGAAUUCUGAGGAUUUAAUUCUACAAACUAAGAAGAGAUUAUUUCAAUCUGGAGAGUCCAUUCAAGAGAAAAGAAUUAAACUUCCUAUGCAAAACUUUAGGUUCCAAAUGUCUUCAAAGCAAGGUGUUACUGAUUCAGUGUAUGUGACUGGGGAAACAUUUGGUAAUUCAGAGGUACAACAUGGUAUUCAAGAUCAAUUAAACUUCAAACAGGUGAAGAGGAAGUCUGUCAUACCGGCCACAAGUCUUGAUAAGUUUCUAGCAGAACAACGGCUACAGAAAGAACAUGAUAUUAAUGAUCUACCAAACUGCAAGCAGGUAAAGAGGAAGUCGAUCAUACCAGCUACUAGUCUUGAACAGUUUCCAAAAAAACAAUCGAUACACAUAGGCGAUGAAACAAAAACAAAUAACCACACAGUAGCUGAUGAUCUUGUGGAUCAAGAAGAAAUCAACAGGGAUGAGUGUGCUAUAGACGAGGAAAUUGGCAUUGAUUGUAGUAAGGAAGGAACAAUUUCAAGGAAUCCUAGGUUCAUCAACUUGAUGUACACUAGUUGGCAUGCGGUGCCAGAAGAUACUAAAAAGCGCAUGUGGGAAUAUACCAAUUCCAAAUUCAUAAUUCCAUUAGAAGGAAAAGCGUGGGUGAUGACUGGCUUUCGUGAUGCUUGGAAGCGAUACAAGCAAAAAAUUAAAGAGAGAUUUUUUGAUAAAAAUAGUACCAUUGAGGACAUGCUAGCAAAACGUCCCAGUGACAUCGCAGAAGAUGAAUUCCGUCAAUUGAUCGAGUAUUGGAAAGACCCAACUGUUCAAGCCAUGUGUGAGAUCAAUUCUCAAAACAGGAAAAAGCAAAAAUGGAGGCAUCGAAUGGGACCUAUUAGUUUUGCAAGAGUACACGUGGCAUUGGCUGAACUUCAAAAUUGCCAAAAUUUCGGGGAAACUGCAGAUGAUGUUUUUACGGCAGUGUUUGGUAAGGAGCAGCCUGGUCGACUUAGGUGCUAUGGUAGAUCAGUGACAGCAAGUUCUUUGAAGAAAGAUGAGGAAGAUAGCAAGCAAAAACAAAAACAUGCUAAUGAAAUCACUUCUCGGAAAGAAGAAAUGAAUGAAAUGAGAGAGGAAAUAAGAGAAGAAAUGAAAGAAGAAAUGCGACAUUUUUUUAGUCAAUUGCUUCAAAACAACCCUGGAUUGAAUGUUCGAGGUAUGCAAUGGGGUGUUGUAUCUAACAUUGCUUCACCUAUUGAUGCGGGUAGUGCACAAGCUGUAAAAGGCCAAAAUCUUCUACAAUCUUCCGGGUCAACUCAUGAUCCGAUUCUUCAAAAGAACAUUACAACAUGCUAUAGGUCUGUACUAGCUUGCAAACUGAAUAUCCAUGUUAUUACCAUAACUGCUGCUGCAAUCUCUAACUCUGGUACCUCGCAAGAUCAAAAUCUCAGUCAGAAGCAAAUGACACUGGAUGAUUUCAAUAUCCCUGAAAACUUUGAUCGCAAAGUUACCCUAUGCUAA